AUGUCAAACGUAACAAGAUCCCAAAGAAACCAAUUUCUUAUUGAUUUUUUAUCAGGAGGAUUAUCUGGAGCGAUUGCAAAAACAUCAUGUGCCCCAAUAGAAAGAGUUAAAUUAUUAAUGCAAACUGCAAGCAUGAAUACAAAACUCACCAAACCCUAUGCAGGGAUAACAGAUUGUUUUUUAAGAUGUGUAAGAGAAGAUGGAACUCUUUCCCUAUGGAGAGGCAAUGGAGUAAACGUACUAAGAUAUUUUCCAACUUAAGCCUUGAAUUUCUCAUUUAAAGAUUUCUUUGCAAAGUUUUUAAAGAAGAAUAGUAAUUCGGAGCAUUCAUCUCAGCUUUUCUAUAAUAUUUUAUCGGGAGGAUUGGCUGGAACAUGCAGCACUUCAAUUGUUUACCCUUUGGAUUUGGCUAGAACCAGGUUAGGAGUUGAUUUAGGAAGAACAAAGAGUGAGAGGUAGUUUUAAGGUUUAGUUGAUUGCCUAACAAAAAUUUACAAAUCAGAUGGUAUAAAGGGCUGGUAUUAAGGAAUUGGUAUUUGCUUUGUUGGAAUCUUUAUUUAUAGAGGCUUAUAUUUUGGAAUUUAUGACACUGGAAGAGAUAGGUUUUUCUAAAAUGGAGAUGCAAAGUCUUUGAUUAUGAAAUUUUUUUAUGCACAAUGUGUUGUCAUCUUUUCUGAAACAAUUAGUUAUCCAACAGACACUUUAAAAAGAAAAUUGAUGAUGUAAACUGCAGGAGUUUAAAGAAAAUAUAAAAAUGCUUUUGAUUGUUUUAAUUAGAUUUUAAAAACAGAAGGAUUCAGAGGUUUAAUGAAAGGAAAUGCUUCCAAUAUGGCAAGAGCAAUUGGAAGCUCUCUCUGCUUAGUUUUAUAUGAUGAAAUGAAGCGAGUAACAACAACCAAUUAAUAGAGAUAAUGA